GCUGGUCGGCAGGUGUCAGCAAUGUGUUGAGAAACCUGGGAAAAGGAACGAAGAAGACCCGUGUCCUUCACAACAGCUAACAUGGCUACUGCUACUAAAUUCAUUCAGAGGCUGCGAAAUUUUUUAUCAGGGCAUGACCUGCAAGCCAAACUGCAGCUGCGAUAUGAGGAGAUUGCAAAGAGGACACAACCACCACCCAAACUGCCAGUAGGCCCGAGCCACAGGUAUGCCAACAACUACUACUACAGCAGAGAUGGACGGAGAGAAUCAGCCCCUCCCACACUCGUGAUGUCCUCACAGAAAGCUCUUACUGCUGGCAGUCAAGUUGCUGAGACCUCAAAGCUUCCAGUGACUCCCGGCACUGUAUAUAAAGAGCCACCAAUCUCCACAGACCAGCCCUACCUCUGAGCAGCAAGACAAGACUCUGCAGGGUCAACAUUAUGUCUCCAUCCUGCCCUGACUACAGCAAGUGUUGGUUGUAUCUUGUACAAUAGAAGAUGUGAAUAAAAUAUUAUGUUUA